GACCUGUGAAGCUUCUCACUUUCUGUUUUUAGCUCCAAAUGAUCUCAGCUUAUUGCAGCUGAUUAUUCCACACUCAGCUGAAAUGAACAGGUUUAGAAAUGAGCUGAAGUGAAACUUUCUGCAGCAUUUUUACUGACUGACCCCCACAGACUCAUCAUUUACUCUCUUCUGGAUUCUGUGUUGCAGGAGUUGGAGCUCAGGAUUGGUGGUAAGUGACUUACAGACCUGAAUAUAUCUGUGCUCUAAAGGGGUCUACAGUGAUCAUGGACUGCACUUACUCAUAUCCAGAGGGUCACACAGUCAAAACAGCUUUCUGGACAAAAUCAUUGCCACCAGAUUCAAGUAUAGAUCCUCCUGAUCUGUUAAAUGAUCCAGAGUACAGAGACAGGGUUCAGUACCUUGGAGAUAAACAACACGACUGCAAACUCAGCCUGAGAGAUGUGAGAGAAGAUGAUCAAAGGAGAUACUACUUCAGAUUUAUAACAGAUAUACCUGAAGGAAAGUAUCAGGGUACAAAUGGAGUGUAUCUUUCGGUCACAGGUCUACAGGUGGAGGUUUCUCAGAAAGUGAUAGAGGGAGAUAAAGUCACUCUCACAUGUAAAACUACCUGCAGACUGACUGACAGACCAUCAUUCACCUGGUUCAGAAAUGGAGCUCCUUUUUCCUCCCGGACUGACCCACUCCACCUGCAGUCGGUCAGCAGGGAGGAUGCAGGCAGGUAUAGCUGUGCUGUACUUGAUCUGAAACUUUACUCUCCUGAGGUCACUCUUAAUGUCUUCUGUAAGUACAAGAUCAGUUAUUCAUGCUCAAACCAAAACUAUGCGAAGAACAAGAACAACCAGAGGAGAAAGGUGGAGGAACACGACUACCAGAAUGCUGACCCUAAUGUUCAGGACGACACUUACACGGCUCUUGACCCCAUGUCCAGAUCCCCUGAUGAUGUGUAUGAAACACUCGCUAAAGUUCUGUUCAUCACCAAGCAGCCCGACAUCAAAGCCAACAAACACAAGCAGCCAACGACCAUCAACAAAGCCGAGACCAAACGCAUAACUGCACCUAUAAAUACAUAUGGAGGAAACGAGGCUCAGCUGGGGGCAAUAAUUAACGGGAAGGGUUACAAACUAAACACAGGUGAACACAAUGACAAGGGUCGGAGCUAG